UACUGCCUUUGAAACGCCCGCUUGAAAAGCCUCUUCGAUUGUUUGAGCUCUCUGGAGAUGGAGACUGGGAGCUUAGGUUUCGCAAUUCAUCAAAGAGAGGAAGAUUGUAAUGCGGUUUAAGUAGGUAUCAAUCAGGGUGCAGUUUGUGAGGAAUCAAUAUUUUCUGACGAAGCUGAUCAGUAGGUGAUUGUUGGAUAUGGAUGAAGGAGAUGUUAGGGUUUUAAAAGAAGCUCUUUGCAAACAAUGCCUUCUGUUGAAAAAGCUUUAUAUUGAGUUGGAAGAGGAAAGAGAAGCUUCUGCAACUGCAGCUGAUGAAGCUUUGUCUAUGAUUUUGCGUCUACAAGUGGAAAAGUCUGAAGAGAAAAUGGAAGCGGUUCAAUACAAGAAAUUGACCGAGGAAAAGAUGCGCCACAAUGAAGAGUCUAUGGCAAUUCUUGAAGAAAUUAUUCAUCAACAGGAAACGGAGAUCACAUCUCUCAAGCAUCAAGUACAAGUUCUUAAGCAGAGAUUGUUGAGUGCUGGUGUAAAUGAUGGAGAUUUGGGCUUGUGUAGUCCUUCAACUCUGAAACUUAAUACGUUUUUGAAUGAGACUGGCUUUCGUGGAUCUUUUAGAAGAAACGUCUCUCUGCCUUCCAUUCGACUUGAACAGAUUUUCUCAGAGAUGGAUAUUGUUGGCAAAGAUAGAUUUCCAUUUCACAAAGGAGAAUCAAUCUGCAUGGCAAUAAGUGACUGCAAAAGCCAGCUAAUUAAAAACUCUGAGGAACAUCAACGACAAUGCGAGGAUUAUAAAUCAUUAAUCAAAGAAUGCACUUACCAAAAAUUUGACUCAUGUACAGGGGUAAAAGAGUUGUUGAGUAAUGAGUCAAUGUCAGCAAACGAUACAUUUAGAUCUGGUGGUAUGUCAUUUGGAGAAACAAGAACAAAUUUCAGUGCCAAAGGGGUCUCAUCUUCACCACCUCCAGCUGAAAAUCAUGAGGCUAUUGUAGAAUCAGGCAUGCUUGUUCAUUCAUAUCGUAAAACUGAAUCAAACAGAAAUGGGAAUCAAUUGGUCAGUGGUCAAGGCAUUUCUGAAGCUCCAGAAAGUCACACUGGACAUGCUUAUUGUGAAUAUUACAAAAGGCUGUCCCAUGAGGCUGAAUUUGAAGUGAAAGAUAAAGAUGUAUUGUCUGUUUCAAUUCCUCAAGAAGCCAAAGAUUGCUGUUUAAAGGGUCAGGACUUGUUAAACAGGUCAUUCAUUUAUAGGGACCAUGCUUAUAAGACACGAAAAACAGCUUCUAUAACUUGCCACUGCAAUCCUGUGCAUUCUAAGAUUGAGAUUGCUCCAUGUAAGACUGAGAUUGAUGAACUAAAGCAGUGGCUGCUGCACCUUGAGAAUGAUGGAAGGACUCCGAAGAUGGAUGCCCCCAAGAGAGAUAAUGAUCAAGUGAAGUUGUUGAAGGAGAUACAGGAGCAGCUCAACACAAUACAAUUGCAUAUUAAAAAUUUUCUAUCCAGGAAACAGCCCCAACGGCAACAAGAUGAUUCAGUGUACAUAUCCCUCAUGGAGGCAAUGCUCUAUUUUUCAAUAUAGUCUCAUCAAAUUUGCAAUUACGCAAGUAAUAUUGUGACCAUACCCUGAAAGAUCAAUUCAGAAGUGCUGCUUUUGACUCUGGAUGAUAAGAAGUGAAUGAUAAUCUCUGACGGUGGUUGUGAAGUGAGAAGUUGGCUGGUUGGUUUUUUACAAAUUCAAUUUAAUGUUACUUUACUGGAAUAUGUUUUAUGUAGGAAAACUUUUAGGGUCAAAGAAUUUAUUACAUCAAGAUAUAUGUAUUUUGUUUUUUUUUUUUAUAAAAAAACCUUGAGUACAGAAUUCU